UAUAUCAUCACUAAUAGAAAAAUAAACAAAAGCACGUUGGCAUUUCAUUUGCAGAGAAUUAAAAAAAAUUGUUUUAUAAAAUUAUGGGUUGUUUAGCUGAAGUUGCUGGUGAUGAAAACAAUGGUGAGGGUUCUCGUACAUUUGUGUUCUUGGACGAAGGCCACACACUAGGAAAUGCUUUGAAAACCAUUAUUAGUCGUUAUCCCGAUGUGGAUUUUUGCGGUUACACUAUACCUCAUCCUACGGAGAAUAAACUACAUUUUCGUAUACAAUCUAGUCAAGGUAGAGCAAUUGAUAUUUUAAAGCGCGGCCUGGAAGAUUUGGAGAAAAUAUGUGAUCACACCAUUGAGACGUUUGAAAGUGAAGUUAAAGUGUUUACUGAGAAAAAUAAAAUUGCUGCUAUGUGAAAAUAAUUUACUUAUAAAAA